CAGUCGUUGCCACUGAGAAGUGAAAUGGCGCAAAAAGGAGUUCAGCUGGACAGGGAAACAUUCUCUUGUUCGAUCUGUCUGGAUCUACUAAAGGAUCCGGUGGCCAUAACUUGUGGACACAGCUACUGCAUGAACUGUAUUAAAAGUUUCUGGGAUGAAGAGGAUCAGAAGAAAAUCUACAGCUGCCCUCAGUGCAGGCAGACCUUCACACCGAGGCCUGUGCUGGAAAAAAACACAAUGUUAGCAGUUUUAGUGGAGGAACUGAAGAAGACUGGACUCCAGGUUGCUCCUGCUGAUCACUGCUAUGCUGGACCGGAAGAUAUAGCCUGUGAUAUCUGCACUGGGAGAAAGCUGAAAGCUGUCAAGUCAUGCUUAGCCUGCCUAGCUUCUUACUGUGAGAAACACCUCCAACGUCACUAUGAUGCAGCUCCAUUAAAGAAACACAAGCUGGUGGAGCCCUCCAAGAAGCUCCAGGAGAACAUCUGCUCUCAUCACAAUGAAGUGAUUAAGAUGUUCUGCCGUACUGAUCAGCAGUGUAUCUGUUAUCUCUGCACUGUGGAUGAACAUAAAGGCCAUGACAUAGUCUCAGCUACAGCAGAAAGGAAUGAGAGGCAGAGAGAGCUCGAGGUGAGUCAGCAGAACAUCCAACGCAGAAUCCAGGACAAAGAAAAAGAUGUAAAAGUGCUUCAACAGGAGGUGGAGGCCAUCAAUAGCUCUGCUGAUAAAACAGUGCAGGACAGUGAGAAGAUCUUCACUGAGCUGAUCCGUCUCUUGGAGAAAAACAGCUUUGAUGUGAAGCAGCAGAUCAGAUCUCAGCAGAAAAGUGAAGUGAGUCGAGUCAAAGAGCUUCAGGAGGAGCUGGAGCAGGAGAUCACUGAGCUGAAGGGGAAAAACGCUGAGCUGGAGCAGCUGUCACACACAGAGGAUCACAAUGAGUUUCUGCACAAUUAUCCCUCAUUGCUGCAGAUCAGUGAAUCUACAGACACAUCCAGACUCAGUAUCCGUCCUCUGCGGUACUUCGAGGAUGUGACAGUGGCUGUGUCAGAGACCAAAGAUAAACUACAGGAUGUUUUGAGUGAGAGAUGGGCAAACAUCUCAGAGACAGUGACUGUAGUGGAUGUUUUACUGUCAAACUCACAAGCAGGGCCCAAGACCAGAGCUGAUUUCUUGAAAUAUUCCCAAGAAAUUACACUGGAUCCAAACACUGCACACACACAGAUGUUAUUAUCUGAGGGGAACAGGAAAGCAAGAGGUAUGAAUAAACAUCAGUCAUAUCCUAGUCACCCAGACAGAUUCACUGAUAGGUGUCAGGUCCUGAGCAGAGAGAGUCUGACUGGAUGUUGUUACUGGGAGGUGGAGUGGAGAGGGUUUGAGGUUUUUAUAGCUGUUACAUACAAGACUAUUUGCAGAGCUGGGGAAAAAUGUAGAUUUGGAAACAGUGACGAGUCAUGGGCAUUAUAUUGUUCAAGGAAACAUUAUGAAUUCUGUCAUGACAAACUCAAAACUCCUGUCUCAGUUCCUCAGUCCUCCAGAAUAGGAGUGUACCUGGAUCACAGAGCAGGUAUUCUGUCCUUCUACAGUGUCUCUGAAACCAUGACUCUCCUCCACACAGUCCAGACCACAUUCACUCAGCCUCUCUAUGCUGGACUUUGGCUUGAUGGCUUUCUUGGUCUUACAACAGCAGAGUUUUGUUGGCUCAAAUAAACAAUAUGCCUUCAUUUUUUCCCAUAUGUCAAUCAAACAGUGUGGGCAGGACUGUGCUACCAUCCACCAUUUUCUUUCUGUCAAAGGACAUUGCACUUCCUCUUGUUUGCUAUUUAUGUUUUCAAACCAAAUGCUAAUUAUUUAUUAAUUUAGCUACAUUAAGGAGGAUCAUUUUAGCCACUAUUUCCAAGGGAAAAGAAAAGAAAAGAAAUGCGAAAAGCGUUUUUACUCCAUUACUAAGGGUAAUUUUGAGGUGAUUAAAAUUUUAAAAGUAAAAAGUAAACAGAAAAAUGUAAGAGGCUGUUUAACUGGAAAAUGGAUACCUUGAAAUAGCAAUAUGAAUAUGGAAAGUGACAUUGAAAAAUGGAACCAUGCAGAGGUUUGACUGAUAAUGCUCAAGUUCAAGGUAGAAAUUAAUUUUUUUAUAUUUUGGUUUAUGACAAAAUGCCAUGAGCCUCAGCUUUGUGUAACGCUUAACUAAGAUACUGAAAACUGUUGACAUUAAACCUACCAGUGACAUACUAGCAUUGUCAUUGUUAGCAUGUUAGCAUGCUUAUGUAAGGAUUUAACUCAAAGCACGACUGCAUCCAAGGAAAGCCUCAAAGAGCCACUAGCAUGGCCUCAGACUGUUGGAGUUGUUUACCAUAAAGGUUUUUGUACAGGCAUCAGCAAUGAAUUUAAAUAUUAAAAACAUUUUUUGUGGUGAAUCUGGGUGAGAAGUGUUGAGGAGGAAAACCUAUGUUUGGGUGCAGGUCUCUGAUAUCCAACUGUGGGGUUUGUUUCUAUUUGUUUCUAUCUAUUAAUGUAAAUAACAGAAAGGUACAUUGGACUACAUGUGCACAGUAGGAAGGAGAGGAGGUAAAUAAUUGCAUUUGCUUGUAGUUUCUGUUUUAUUUUUGAUACCAAUAUUAAAACGUGGACAUUUAGUUGUACUUCAUAAAAAUGUUAUUGUAGUUAUAAAGUGCUUUAAACAUUUUUAAAUCAGUAGGUCUACCUUUUCAGUAGCCUCACUAUGUUCUAACAACUGUAUAGUUGUAAUCAUUGAUUAUUUUCCUUUGCAAUGCUGAUGAACUUGUUUACCUUACUGAUUGUGUAAAUGAAUAAAA